GUUUUAUACCUUACUUAUCAUGUCCUAAAAAAUGAUACGUACUGUAUUUAGUUCUGUGUUCUAGUAAAAUCUUUGAAGAUGAAAACUGUGUUCAGUUACUUUGCGAUGAAAGGGUGCAGUCAUUAAAAUUAUACUAUGUGAGUGGAUUGAAAAAAAAAAUAGGAGUCACACUUUGUUAUUCCAUUAAAAUGUGUUUACAUUUUCAUUAAGAUUAAGAUAAUAAUAUCAGUAAGGUCCCACCCCCAUUGUAAAUGUAUCUACCAGUAUGCUGGCAGAUUACACCAGGAAGUAAGUAUAUUCAGUGUAAUUUGAUAUAGUUUGUGCCCUGGCAGAUUACACUAGGAAGUGAGAAUUAGACAAAAUCUUUAAUGGAACUAAACCAUAUGCAGACAAGACUGUUAUAGACUACAAAAGCUAAAACUCUUUGAACAUUAAUUAUCACUUAUAGGGAGAAUGCACAUGCAACCUAAUUGCAUGAAAUAUAAGCAGAGUGGUUUAACUAGAAGUACAUAACUUGUGGAAGGUAAUUUUAAUCUACCUCUUGAUUUACAUGAAGAGCCUUUAAGUAAACUUGCUAUUUGUAGACAUGUAUAUCUUGAUGAGUUAAAGGUUUGAUACAAUUGGUUAUUUUUGAUACAAUGUACAUGUUUAAGAUUCAUUGCUGGCUUUAAGAUUUAUAUUCUUUUCUAUUUCUGUAUUCAAUAAACUCUGCUAUUAAUGAAACCUUUUGUGUGUCUGGAGUGUUCACAGUAAUUCCACUAUCUCUCUGAACUUAAUGUAUCAGAUUGGAAAUUACUCAAUUGUAGUUAAACACUGCCUGUCUUGUCGAUUGUAUUUUACAGUGGAUGUUCUCGUAUCAAGUGUCUUAAAAAGCUAAGCAAAAUGGAGCAAAAGAUGAUCAGGACAGUAGCUUUUGCAUUCCCUCAAAGCUCUUCACAUGUUCAGCCAGGAGUAUAUAAAUGUGAUGCAAAAAAAUGUGACUGUUGCACCACUUAUAUAAGGUCUAUUAAUAAUUUCACCAGCACCACAAAAAAGAAAACGCAUCAGAUCACAGAUAUAUUAACAUGUAAAACAUCAGACGUUAUCUAUGUUAUACAAUGUGCACACACCGAAUGUAAGAAGCAGUAUGUUGGAAAGACCACAUCGGCCUUGAAAAGCAGGUUCAGCGUCCACAAACGUGCCAUCAGAUAUAAACAGAAUACAUCAGUCGCUGAGCAUUUCAACAACAAAAAUCAUUGUUUGGAUGACGUCACCAUUUUUCCUAUUGAGCAAAUUUGUGAUAAAAAAGCCCUGGGUGAGCGAGAGAUGUUUUGGAUCCGUGAGCUUGGCACAGAGUCUCCUGAUGGGCUCAACCUGGAUGUACCCAUGGAGGAAGGAAAAAAGAGAAAACAUGCAGCAGAUUUUGCUCCUCCCAAUAAAAAGCAAAAGAUGUACUAUGAAGCUGAAGAAUCUAUGAAUUUUUGUUAUGAAAUGGAGGAAGAAGCCAGGAAUAUUAUAUCUCAAGUGUGUGAAAAACUUCAAAACGUGUGCUACAGUGAUAUGAAAGAUGGGGAAGAUGUGGAAUUCCUGAAUAAACUAAUAAAGGAGACGUCGAAUUUGAAAGAAAAAAAUCUGAAAAACAAAAUUUACAUUGGAGUGUUUGGAAAGACAGGGGCUGGAAAGAGUUCCUUAAUAACUGCACUUGUGAAUGAAAGAGAUCUUCUGCCUGUAUCAACAUCCGGUGCUUGUACCGCCUGCUUUAUUGAAGUUCAGGCUCAUGAAAAGGCAACGUACAAAGCAGAGAUUGAUUUUAUCACCAAAGAGGACUGGAAGCAAGAAUUACUGUGUCUAGUGGAAAAUUGUCAGAAAAAUGCAGAAGAUGGGGAGUACGAAGAUGAGGAUUCUGAAGAUGAGGAUUCUGAAGAUGAUGAAUAUAUAAUGGCAAAAGCAAAAAUACAAGCAGUUUAUGGGGAAAUAGGGUUAACGCAAACUUAUGAUGAACUGCAGCGAUCAGCAGUAGAAAUCCCAAACACACACAAGAAAACGAUUACUUCAAAUUCUGCGAGUGAUCUUUCAAGAGAGAUAAGUGGCUAUAUAAGGAGUGACACUGAAUCACAACAGUACUGGCCCCUAGUGAAAAAGGUGACUCUGUACGUGCCAGGAUCUUCUGUUCUUCUGGAUCGGAUAGUGCUGGUUGACCUCCCUGGGGCUGGAGAUGCCAAUAAGUGCCGAGAUCAAAUGUGGAAAGAGUACCUAGGCAAAUGCUCGUCUGUGUGGAUUGUUAACGAUAUCACCCGGGCAAUCAGUGACAAGACAGCAAUGGAAAUCCAGAACACAACUAUAAGAAAUGUGGUUGGUGGUGGAGAGUGCCAUAAUAUUACCUACAUUUGCACCAAAUCAGAUAAUAUAGACCCACACCACUUGAAAAGGCAAUAUAACCUGACAGAUGAAAAACUUGGAAUAACAAUCCCCAAUGAUAAGAAAGUAAAGAAUAAGUGCAUACUAUACAGAAAUGACAAGGUUAAAGAACUUGUGAGGAAAAACUUCAAUGAAAAAGUAAAGAAAAAGCUCCUUGGUACUGAUGUGAACAGCACUGAGUUUUUUAAGGUAUUCACAGUCAGUUCUGCAGACUUUUGGAAUAAUGAAGAAAAAAAAGAACAUAUCCUCGAUCGUGAUGAAACUGAAUUGCCAGCACUUAAAGAACAUAUCAAGGAUCUGUAUGUCAGCCACUCUCAGAAAGCAGUAAAAGACUAUGUAUCUAAAGUCUCUGGGAUUGUUUCUUUUCUUCACAUUCCAAAGAAAAACACAAGCACUCAGACUGAAGACUUGAAGGAUAAACUAUUCUCAGAACUGAAACAGAAAUUUGAGACUAGACUUCAAGAUCUGGCCAAAUUUUUCGACGGUGUUUACACAAAAAUGACGAACAACUUGGAUGAAGGUGUGAAGAACGCUGAGAAACAAUGCCUCAUAAAUGCUCUCAAAGUCCUUAAGCCUGAAAAGACAAAAUUUAGUGGAUACCAUAAGACACUUAAGGCUUUAUGUAGGUGUUCCGGAUACUACAGAUCCCGUGAUGGUAAAACUGUAGAUUUGAACUAUGCUUUAGUCUUACCCAUGUAUGCUGCUAUGGAUAACACUUUCGUCAGCUGUUUUCGGUUCAAUCAAAACUCAAGGAGCUCAAUUAAGGGAGCCUUUGAUCUUCUUCAAAAUGAUUUGAUUAUAAUUGACAAGAGAAAACAUGCUGCCGUCGAGCUGCGUCUGACGUACAUCAAAACAGAGCUCAGAAUACUAAUAGCUGACUUGGAGACAGAAGUCAUUGCAAGAAAGAAAAACAUCUACAAUUCUAUUACCCAGUCUGUCCAGGAUACCAUGGACCCAGCUUAUAAAGAUGGAGCAGUGAUAACUGGAAGUGAAUUAGUUACCAGAAUUCAAAGGAGGCUUAAAGAACAUGUAGAAUCAUAUAAACUGUCCAUGUUCAGGGAAGCAAAGAAAAGAGUGAUGGACCAGUUCAAGCAACUGAAGGACUAUGUGAUUCAAACUUUGAAGAAAGAAAUGGGCAUGUCAAUGAAACUGGCACUGACUCAGCUUCCCACAGAUGUCACUUUCCCAGAUGUUGAAGAUGAACUCAAGAAGAUGAAGGGAAUUUGUAAAGCUUUGGAGCUAGACGUAUUUCAAGAUUAAAAACAUUCCACCAUGUGUUUGAACAAACAAACUUGCAGGAGUUGUUCAAUCAAAAACGACAGAUGAAGCGCUUACUGAAUACUAAUGAAAGUUUUGAUUUACCAAACUCUAAAUUAGCAAGAAACUGAAUACUAAUGAAAGUUUUGAUUUACCAAACUCUAAAUUAGCAAGAUGUCCUGAAAAAAGAGAAAGCUGCCUGAUGAGACUAUAAAAGGAAAAUUGCAAACAAAAAAUAAGAUGGAUUAUGAACUACUUUGCUUCUGUGUGGUACUAAACUGAUUCUACUUUUAAUCUUUUUUUAUAAUGACGAGAGCAGUGGUGAUUUAAAAUGACAUUUAGAAACUGGUUAUGGGAUUUUUAAAAGUUUUAUGUUGUCUAUAUAAUAAUGGUUAAAGUAGUAUUUUCUAGAAGAUAAAUGAUUAGGGAACAGCGAGAAAAGAAUAAUCAGAAACUGAUUUUUAAAACAUUACAGCAUAGCUCGCAAAAAUAUAGCAAUAGAAUUAAGAUGAGAAAUGUUGUGUGAGCUAUGUGACUAUUUUAGAUGGGUCCAGUUGGUGAUUUGUGGCUCCUUAAAUUUGUGGUAAAGGGUGCUCAGUAUAUGAUGUUUUUAAUUAUUUGUCUUUAACUGAUCUGAUAUUAAAUUGCAUGCUGUUUUUAUUAUAAAAAAUGUGCUUGAUAAUGACUGACUGCUAAUUAUUUUAAUCUACAAUAUUUACAUUUGUAUCAGCAGUAAUAGCAGUUUAUUUUUGCCUCAUCAAAUGCUUGAUUUCUUUUAAUAGCAUUAUUAUAAUUUUCCUUAUUAAAUCUUCUUUAAUUAACCAAAAAAUAAUAAAAUUAAUCUGUAAAAUUGUGUGGUUUAUUUUCAUCAUAAU